CUCCUCCUUCUUCUUCUUCUUCUUCUUCUUCUUCUUCGUUGGCGAUUCAAAGCACAAGCAGUUUCUCUCCAAUCCUGCGAAGAGAAUCAGGAAGGAGGAGGAGGAGGAGGAGGAGGAUGGAGGAGGAGGAGGAGGAGGAGGAGGAGGAGGAGAAGACGUGUUGCAGGAGUCUUCUCAAGGUUGCCAAAUUAAUAACAGGGUUCUCGAUUUGCCUUGGUUUAAUUCUCGGGUUCUACACCAUUAUAAGCACAAUUUUAGGAUAUUCAACACCAUUUGACUUCCUAACCUUUGAUAUACCAAUCACCACCACCACCACCACCACCACCAACACCACCACCACCACCACCACCACUAUUCCUGACCACCCAGCUUACGGCACCUUCCUGGAGUCUGAGUCACAGGUGAAGAUGAGUGGAGAUGAGGUGGAGAUGAGUGGAGAUGAGGUGGAGAUGAGUGGAGAUGAGGUGGAGAUGAGUGGAGGAGAUGCUGCAGGGAGAUCAUAUGUGGCUUAUAUUCCUGUACCGCUGGAGGAGGAGGAGAAGGAGGAGGAGGAGGAGGAGGAGGAGGAGGAGAGGAGAGAAAAGGCCUCUUCUUGUUCCCGUUAUGAUUGUACCCGAGGAGGAGGAGGAGGAGGAGGAGGAGGAGGAGGAAGACUUCACCCUCUUCUUCCUCACUCCCAGCCUCCUCCUCCUCUUCCUCCUCCUCCUCCUCCUCCUCUCGGGCGAUUCCCUCCUCCUCUUCCUCCUACUCCUUAUCUCUCAAAAGGAGGAGGAAGAAGAGAAGGAGGAGGAGGAAGAGGAGGAGAUCAACUAAUAUCUCCCUCCAACCUUCCUAGUCCUCCUCUUCUUCCUCCUCCUUCUCCUCCUCUUCCUCCUCCUCUUCCUCCUCCUCCUCGUAACGUCAUUCAACAACUAUGGGGGUCAUUAUUCCCUUACGCCCCGUCCCCCCCACCACCCACGCCCCCACCACACCCACAGAGACGCAUAGGGACACCCACGCACACGCACACACACGCACGCACACGCACACACACACACACACACCCCAGCUCUCGCAUGGCCAGGCCACCAUAUAUACCUAAACUUCCGGCCAUACUCCCCCCACUAGGGAUGCCUCUAGUACCGAGACACGCGCAUAGACCACCUCAUAGACUACCACAUAGGCCUCCACAUAGACCGCCGCCCCCCGCCCCCCCACAGGAGUACAGGUACCCCCACAAUGCCGGGAGUAUUCAAGAUAUUAUUUCAUAUAUGCGAGGUCAAAGGGUCAAAGGUCACAGCGCGGGGCUCCAGGGGUCAGGGAGGGUGAGUGGGGGGCGUGGCUCCCUCUCGCACGCCCCCCCUCUCCCCCCGGGUUUUGUAAUGGGGAGUCAAGACCAUAUUCUAGGACCUAACCCUUUUCAUAAUAGUGGUAGUGGUGGUGGUGGUGGUGGUGGUGGUGGUGACGACAACAAUUAUUAUAUACAAGGCAAUGACGGUUUCAACAACAACAACAACAACAACAAACAUUUCAGUAAUAACAACAACAAUUUUGCGGUUGAUGACAUUCACAACCACAAUUUGAGGGUGAAUAGUGGUGGUGGAAACAACCACGACUAUUUUGUGACUAUUUUGCGACUAUUUUACGACUAUUUUUUUUAUUCUGUUUGA